GUUGCUAGGGGGUUAAUGCGUGUGGGCGGAGCCUGCGGGCGGAUAAGAGUGCGCGUGUGCAGGGCGGGAUCCGCUGUGGCGGCCAUGGCAUCGGCUGAGGCGGGAGCGGCUGAGGGGGCACCGGGAUCGGCAUCGGCACCGGGAUCGGCACCGGCAUCGGCACCGGCACCCGCCGAACCAGAGCUGGAGCCCCUGCGGCUGCGGCGCUUGCGAGGCGACGGCUUCUUCGAGGUGCCGGCAGCCGAGCGGCUGGGMCGGUGCCGCAGCGUGAAGGAGUUUGAGAAGCUGAAUCGGAUCGGAGAGGGCACGUACGGCAUCGUGUACCGUGCCCGGGACACGCUGACAGAUGAGACAGUGGCGCUGAAGAAAGUGCGGAUGGACAACGAGAARGAUGGAAUGCCCAUCAGCAGCCUGCGGGAAAUCACCCUGCUCCUGCAGCUGCAGCACCCCAACAUUGUGGAGCUGAAAGAGGUGGUUGUGGGGAACCACCUGGAGAGUAUUUUCCUGGUGAUGGGAUACUGUGAGCAGGAUCUGGCCAGUCUCCUGGAGAACAUGCAGACRCCCUUCUCAGAGGCUCAGGUCAAGUGCAUCAUCCUGCAGGUGCUCAAGGGUCUGCAGUACCUCCAYGAGAACUACAUCAUCCACAGGGACCUGAAGGUCUCCAACCUGCUGAUGACUGACAAAGGCUGUGUGAAGAUAGCUGAUUUCGGCCUGGCACGCACCUAUGGGAUGCCCCCCAAGCCCAUGACCCCAAAAGUGGUGACUCUGUGGUACCGGGCACCGGAGCUGCUGCUGGGGAUGACAACGCAGAGCACCAGCAUUGACAUGUGGGCUGCUGGCUGUAUCCUGGCCGAGCUGCUGGCACACAAACCACUGCUGCCRGGCACCUCUGAGAUCCACCAGAUCGACCUCAUUGUUCAGCUGCUGGGGACUCCCAACGAGAACAUCUGGCCGGUGAGAGCUCCCACCCAUUUACCCGUUAGUCCCUGGCUGUUCCCCUGGCCCCUCCUCACGUUCUGUUCCCCCCAGGGGUUCUCCAAGCUGCCCCUGGCCACGCAGUACACCCUGCGCAAACARCCCUACAACAACCUGAAGCACAGGUUCCCCUGGCUCUCAGAGGCCGGGCUGCGACUGCUCAACUUCCUCUUCAUGUAUGAUCCCAAGAAAAGGGCUACGGCCAAGGACUGUCUGGAGAGUUCCUACUUCAAGGAGAAGCCCUUGCCCUGUGAGCCMGAGCUCAUGCCCACCUUCCCACACCACCGGAACAAGCGGGCGGCCGGUGCAGGGCUGGAGAGCCAGGCCAAGCGCAGCAAGCCCUGAGCUGGCCACGGGACCCGGCACGAUGCGUCCUGGCCGAGGUGGAUUCUCUCGGCCCAACAGUCCCAGCGCCGUGGGCUCCAUCCAGUCCCGGGACAGCCUCUGAAUCCACCUCCCCGUGCAGCACGGGGCAGGCUCUAGGCUGGGGCUGGGUGAGCACGGCCCUGGGGCCAGAAGAGAGGAGAGAUGGGGCCUGGGGAGGCCCAGGCUCGGCAGGGUCAGUCCUGUCCCAUGGGGGUCCUGGCUUGUGCUGUCUGUGAGGGGAAACCCCGAUUUUGCCAUGAAUAAAAGCAUCUGGCAGU